GAUCUGAUCCUGGAGUACUACUAAUCAUGAAACUGCAAAGUGAAUCAAAAUGAGCAAUAAACUCCAUCAACAAAUAACAACAAUUCUAACCCCACUUCUUGAAAAGUCUAUCACUAAAUUUUGUUGUUUUUCGACCCACUUUUUUUAUUAUUAAACCCCUAAUUUAUCUUCUUCUACAAAUUAACACACAGUUCUUCGGACAUUGCUAGAAAUAAUCUGGUAAAAUAAAAUAAUUUAGGUCAGAGAAAAAUUCAAAAUCUCCAGAUUCGCCAUGUCUGUUGAUGGCCUUCUGUGAUCAAUCUUCCAUGGCCAAAACUCUCUCUCUUCCUAUUACUGCCCUUCAUCUUCUUCUCAUCUUCCUCCAUUCCCUCUUAUAAUAAUUAAUUUAUUGAUUAAUCAACAAUUCUAACAAUUCUCCCAAUUUCUAGGAAGAAAUCAAAACCCUCAAUCAAAAUCCCUCCAAAUUUUCGCAAUUCUACAAUCUGGUUUUUUCUCAGAACCUUAAAAAAAUCUUACCCAGUUCAUCAAAAAUCAAUUAUCAGUGAAAAAUUGGGGCAAAAAGAUGGCUUCUGUAUUGGUUUAUCAUGUGGUGGGUGAUCUGACGGUGGCAAAACCGGAGUUGGUGGAGUUUAUGGAGACGGAGACGGUGGAGGCGGCGAUAAAAGCGAUUGGAGAAUCAACAGAGGGUGGAAUUCCGGUUUGGAGAAGGAAACCUCAAAAGGGUUUGACUGAAAAUAGUGAAAUGAGGUUACAAAGAUUUGUGGGUAUUCUUAAUCCUUUGGAUAUUGUGGCUUUUUUGGCAAAAGAUUGGUGUUUGCAGGAUCAGGAGAAAGCUAUGAAAACCCCGGUUUCUGAGGUUGUUGUUCCUAAUAAUUCCCUACUUAAGGAAGUGGAUCCUGCUACAAGAUUGAUAGAUGCACUGGAAAUGAUGAAACAAGGUGUGAAGCGUCUUCUUGUGCCAAAGAGUGUGGUAUGGAAAGGUGUGAGCAAGAAGUUCUCAAUUCUUUACAAUGGAAAAUGGCUAAAAAACAUAGAGGCAGGGAGCAACGCUAGUAGCAUCGCAAAUCUCAAUCGCCCUUCCUCAUCUACCGCCACUAUCAGCAAAACAAAGUAUUGUUGUCUCUCUAGAGAAGAUGUUGUCCGUUUUCUCAUUGGUUGCCUGGGUGCACUGGCGCCCAUCCCUCUCUCAUCCAUCUCCUCACUUGGAGCAAUCAGUUCUCAUUAUUCCUCCAUUGAGGCCUCCCUCCCAGCUGUUGAAGCCACCAAGAAGCUGCCUCACGACCCAAGUGCUGUUGCAGUUGUGGAGUCUACUCUUGAUGGUCAGCAUAAAAUUAUAGGGGAAAUAUCAGCAUGUAAACUAUGGAAAUGUGAUUACUUAGCUGCAGCAUACGCUUUGGCCAAUCUCUCAGCCGGGCAGUUUGUUAUGGGUGUUGAGGAUAAUAUGUCGCCAAGGUCGGUUCCUGAUAUUGGAGUUAACUCAACUGUCAAAGGAGACAGUAACGGAACUAAUGGAAGUGGUUCAAUGAGGCUUAGGAGAUUUAGCAGUAGAAGCAUCGGAUUUUUCGGAAACUCUGUUAGCCCCAAUUCUGGGGCUAGAAGUAUGUAUAGAGGAAGAAGUGCUCCUUUGACAUGCAGAGCUACAAGCUCGUUGGCUGCUGUUAUGGCUCAGAUGCUCUCUCACCGGGCAACCCAUGUUUGGGUAACUGAGGGUGAAGAUGAUGUUUUAGUUGGCGUUGUUGGGUAUGGGGAGAUCAUGCAUGCCGUGACUAAUAGACCACCACCACCAUCAACUGUCUCUACAAACCAGUAAAUUUUGGGACGGUCUUCUGAUUCUGAAUCAUUUUAGUAGUUGCAUCUACGUCGUGUUCAUUUAGAAUGGUUCCUAGUAUGGUUACAUGUUUCACUCUAUAUCUCAACUCUAUACAUUGGGAGUCUUGUGUUGUAAAGAAUGAUUAGCAGUGCGGGAACAUGCUUUCUUGUAGCUGAAUGUUUUGCCGUUAGGCUUGGUGAGAUUUGUAUUAUUUAUUUGUUUAUUUAUUAUAUACCUUUAAUCGAAUAAAAACUUGGGAAUUCCGAUCUCCCGUGUUGUUGAGCAUUAUGAACCUUGAGUUACUGCAAUUCAUUGUAAUGAUUUUCCUAGUGAUUGCAUUUUCCUAUUGAA